UUUUAGGGACAUUUCAACACAUAGCAUCUCAUACAAUAAGUCAGACGCCACCCAGGGGUGCCUUUGAGGUCUGAGAGCUUUCUCCGUCAAUGUAUUCAGAGCUAAAGAUACCAUGCGUGCAUCCUGCGGGUUGAUGCCGUCCACCUAACUGGAGCAUCCUGAAGUGACUGAGGGAAUGGCAGAAGGAGGGCACGCUGGCGCUCCUCCUGUCCGACUGUGGGUGCGACGCGUAGGUGUUUACUGCGAUGAGCACCGCAAAACGUGGCUUGUGGCUACAGAAGAGGAGGAAGGUAUGCUGAGGGCUCGGAUCCAAAGAGUUCAGGUUCCCCUGGGUGAGGCGCUGCGACCCAGCCAGCUCCCCCCAUCCCGGCUGCCUCAUAUGUGGCAGCUGUCCCAGGGUGAGCAGUACAGGGAUAGUAACUCUCGCGUUUGGGAGAUAGAGCACCAUCUCAUGCUUGGUGGUGUUGAAGAACUGCUGCUUAAACUCGUGCCUGGUGAUUAAUAUGGAGCAGUGGCUCUAGGAAGAUGUCG